AUCAUAUUUUAUAUUUCAUAAUUAAUUAACCUGACUCAUAUUUUAUAUUUCAUGAUUAAUUAACCCGACUCAUAUUUUAUGGGCCCUCUAAGUAUUGUAGGUACGUUAUUUCAGCAGCAGAGCGCGCUGUUUCAUAACACCUUACUUCACACUAAAGUCCACAAAAAUGUCUUUGUGCGUGUGUUCUGUCCCAUAGACACUGACACUUUUCUUAAUAAAUGUGUUUCUUGUGAACUUCGCCAACCUGACACGUAUUUUAAAUUCUAUUUGUCCCGAGCAAGUGUUCUGAGCCAAUCAUUCAGUCUCUAAUUCGUAUCCUGAACGUUUUCCAAACAGACGCCGUAACGCCGUCAAGUAUUCCUUUGCUAAUCGGCAGUCCCAAGAAGUUCUGCCGCUGCCUACAUUCUUUAAAAGGCUCUCGGUAGUAGCCUACAUACCUUUUGUCAUAUACAUGAAGAAAUGGCCAUUGUGUCGUGAACAUAAAUGAAAAUGUAGUCUUUUAUCGUGCUUUGUAGAUUAGUAGCUGUAAAGACUCUACUGGCCAGGAAUAGGUUUACCUGAGCAGUCGCUUACCUGUGGUGACGUAAACUCGCAUAGAUUGGAGAUCUCGGGCGUUGAGUCGGGGGAGGAAGUUGUGAAAUAGCCUACACAUUUUGUUUGACAGAAGAGACGAACUCUUGCAGGACACAACUACGUGAAAAACAUUGCGAAUAUGUUAUCGCCAUUGGGUUGUUGUUACUAAAAGCCAGAUGAGAUCCCUUGUUAGGGCUGUCCUGCUGUUGUGGAUGGUGAAUAUUUGCGGUGGUCUGUGCUGCGUGGGAUAGACCUGCCCUUUCCUCCACAAAUCUGUCUCAACACGCAGAGCCUGCAGAGUUGCCCCUCUAGCCUGCGCAGCGCGACGCGAAGCAUCCCGCUCCAGUAGAACCACAAGCGCAGCGCGACGCGGAGCAUCCCGCGCCAGUAGACCACAAGCGCAGCGCGACGCGACGCGGAGCAUCCCGCUCCAGUAGAACCAGGUCACUGCUCUAGCCGAGGCCGCAAGAAUCAGCCUGGCCCAGCCAAGCUUUUCCACUGGCCUGGGGGUCGAGGAGCAGGAAGCACCUGAACAGGACAGGACAGGACAGGACAGGACAGGAUAGGACAGCAGAACCCAGGGAAGCUCCAGAAUACUUCCACACCAGAACCAGUAGAACAGGGAUCAUCCACCAGAGAACUCAGACAGGAUAGUGCUAAGGAGAACCUUGCCCACGUAGAUUCAGGUCGGGCUCAGAGUGCAUGCAGAGCAGAUCCGGAGAAGAACCCUCAUCAGAACCAGGAACCUAGAACCUAGAGAGAUCUCUUGUUGGGCUUGAGUGGAUUCUCUGCAGUCCUAGAGUGGAACCCAGUACUAAACCUCAGGCCGGAUUCUAGCAGAACCGAACCAUGUCCAACAGGCUCUCUGACGGUUCCGUGGGGGACAAGGCCCCCAUACCGCUGGAGCAACGCUUCAGCUCUGACCUGCAGCUGGACACACACACACCCCCUCGCGCUGACCUGCAGCUAGACACACACACACACCCUGGCUCUGACCUGCAGCUGGACACACACACACCCCCUGGCGCUGGAUCGGCGGAGGACUGUCAGGACAGUGGGGGCGUGGGCAGGCGGGCGGUUCUGAGCCCGACGAGUAAAGUGGCAAAGAAGCUGGGCACCACGCUGGGCACCACCACGCAGCUCAUCCCCAAGAGCCUGGCGAAAGGCCGGCCCAAGGCACGCCACCACACCACGGUGGUGACGCUGCCCGUGGGUCUGCCCAACGCGCUGGACACACACAAGGCCAAGUGUGUGUCGCACGUGCCCGACCUGUCCUGGGAGGACUACGACAGCGACGGGGAUGGCUUCGCCCUGCGGAGUAACCGUAGGAACAAGUCCUACCGCGCCGCUGUCACCAGUCUGAGUGCGGACUUCAUGGCGAUGGAGCGGACUGGACUCAGACCGCUGGGAAAGGAGAGGGAGAGGGCGCCCAGUCCACAGCCUUCGACACGCACCCCUACACGCAAGAGAACCUUUGGGAGGAAGAGGAACCAGAGACACGGGGGAUCCUUUAAAGACAAACCGAGACUCUAUCAGGAGAUCCGGGAGCGAGGUUUGCAGAACACAGAUGAUGACUUCACCCAGGUGGAACCGCCGCCUGAGGACCAGGGCAUCGUGGUGAAGAACUUCCGCCCCGCCCAACUCACCUGGAGUCAGCUGCCUCAGGUGAAGGACACUGGCAUCCUCGAGCUCAUUUCUCCAGAGGAGCGCAAACGCCAAGAGGCCAUCUUUGAGAUCUUGACAUCAGAGUACUCGUACCAGCACAGCCUCAGCAUCCUGGUGCGCUGCUUCAAGGAGAGCCAGGAGCUCCGCAGCACCAUGACAACCACGGAGCAUCAUCACCUCUUCUCCAACAUCUCUGUCAUCCAGACCGUCAACAAGAGGUUCUUUGAGGACCUGGAGAAACGGCACACCAUCCAUCCCGUCAUUCAGGACAUCAGUGACAUCGUCCAGAGCCACGCCACCCAUCACUUUCAGCCCUACAUCGUCUACUGCUCCAAUGAGACCUUUCAGCAGAGAACCCUACAGAAGCUCCUCUUGAGUAACAGUGCGUUUAAGGAGGCCCUGAAGCGUAUUGAGGGCAGCAGUGAGUGUGGAGGCCUCCCCAUGAUCUCCUUCCUCAUCCUCCCCAUGCAGAGAGUCACACGCCUGCCCCUGCUCAUGGACACGAUCUGCCAGAAGACUCCUGCUGAGACGGCGGAGUACUUUGCAGCCUUCUGGGCCUUCAAGGCCAUCAGUAAGCUGGUGAAGAGCUGUAACGAUGGCGCAAGAACGAUGGAGAGAACAGAGGAGAUGUACACCAUCCAGAAACAGAUGGACUUCAGCAAGAUCAAGCCAUUCCCGCUGGUGUCCUCGUCUCGCGGGCUGGUGAAGAGCGGUGAGCUGGCCGUGUGCACGGAGGAACUCAGCCUGUUCUGGAAGCCUUUCAGCCACCGUAGCUACUUCCUGUUCCUCUUCAACGACGUCCUCAUCAUCACCAAGAAGAAGAGUGAAGAGAUGUUUGUGGUGCUGGACUACGCCACACUGGAGCAUGUGUGUGUGGAGGAGGAGUCGGUGGGCGGGGCCAACCCCCUGCAGCUUCGUGUUGUCAUGGACCAGAACAGCGACGGACACAGGGAACAGAUUGGCCUGGUGGCAGAGUCCAAGCUGGAUAAGGCUCGCUGGGUGACUGCUCUCCGAGAGCACCGACGGGCAGAGAGCGACACAAACAGAGAUGGUUGGUGGUCUCAUGUCUAUCAUGUUUCUCUGCUCUAUCAUGGCUGCCCUCAUGAC